CAUUUUGCGCACGGACAGGAAGCACGUGCAGUGAAAUAUGGAGAAUGUAACAGAAGGGACCUGGGACUCUUUGCCUCAAAAAUUAAAUGAAAACAUCCGACAGACCUUGAGAGACUUAAAGUUCACUCACAUGACUCCGGUGCAGUCUGCAACUAUCCCCCUAUUUAUGAACAACAAGGACAUAGCUGCAGAGGCGAUAACUGGAAGCGGUAAAACCCUGGCAUUUGUAAUUCCGCUUUUGGAAAUUCUUCUGAAAAGAGAAGAAAAAUUGAAAAGAAAUCAGGUUGGAGCUAUAAUCGUUACCCCAACACGUGAGCUUGCUGUGCAAAUUGAUGAAGUGUUGUCUCAAUUUACUAAACAUUUCCCUCAAUUUAGCCAGAUUCUUCUUAUCGGGGGUAGUAAUCCAGUUGAAGAUGUCCAAAAGUUUAAAGAACAUGGGGGAAACAUUAUCGUGGCUACACCAGGGCGACUGGAAGAUAUGUUCCGGAGGCAGGCAGAUGGGCUGGAUUUAGUAAGCUGUGUGAAAAGUCUGGAGGUCCUGAUCUUGGAUGAAGCUGACCGUCUUCUAGACAUGGGAUUUGAAGCAAGCAUCAACACUAUCUUAGGCUUUCUACCUAAGCAGAGGAGAACGGGACUGUUCUCAGCGACACAGACUCAGGAGCUGGAGAAUCUGGUGAGAGCGGGCUUGCGGAACCCUGUCCGCAUCAAUGUAAAGGAAAAAGGAGUGGCCGCAACAAACACCCAGAAAACCCCAACUCGGCUUGAAAAUUAUUAUAUGAUCUGCAAAACUGAUGAAAAAUUCAACUAUCUUGUAAGCUUCCUGCGGCAGCGAAAACAGGAAAAGCACCUUGUGUUCUUCAGUACCUGUGCAUGUGUGGAGUAUUAUGGAAAAGCCUUGGAGGUUCUUGUAAAAAAUGUGAAGGUCAUGUCCAUUCAUGGCAAAAUGAAGCACAAGCGCAACAGGAUCUUCACUGAGUUUCGGAAGUUGGACAGUGGCAUUUUAGUUUGUACUGAUGUGAUGGCUCGUGGUAUUGACAUUCCAGAAGUGAAUUGGGUCCUACAGUAUGACCCACCAAGCAGUGCUAGUUCUUUUGUUCACCGUUGCGGGCGUACAGCACGUAUUGGCCAUCAUGGCAGCGCCCUUGUAUUUUUGCUUCCCAUGGAAGAAUCAUAUGUGGAAUUUCUUUCAAUAAACCAAAAGUGCCCGCUGAAGGAAAUGUCGGAGGUGACGUUUUCACAGGAUCAUCUGCCAAAGCUGAAGUCUCUGGCAAUGUCUGACCGGGCGAUGUUCGACAAAGGGAUGAAAGCAUUUGUAUCUUAUGUGCAGGCUUAUGCCAAACACGAGUGCAACUUGAUUUUCAGAGUGAAAGAUUUGGAUUUUUCUUCUCUCGCCCGUGGCUUUGGUCUUCUGAAAAUGCCACGCAUGCCAGAACUGAGAGGGAAAGACUUGUCAGACUUUGUUCCUGCUUUCGUUCAUACGGACUCCAUCCCAUACAAGGACAAACAUAGAGAGAAACAGAGGCAGAAAAUGCUGCAGCAGAGGAAGGAAACAGGAGAGACCAGGAGAACCUUCACAAAAAACAAAUCAUGGUCCAAACAGAAAGCCAGGAAGGAAAAGAGAAAAAAAGUUGCUUUAAAAAGGAAAAAUCAUGAGGGUUCAGAUGUAGAUGAGCAAGAUGUGGAUGAACUGCUUCAGGACACUAGGUUGUUAAAGAGGCUGAAAAAGGGAAAAAUCACAGAAGAAGAGUUUGAAAAACAAUUGACUUCAUCUGGAAAGCAGGAGAUGGAAGACGGAUCUGAGGAUUUGGAUUGAAUUUGUGCAAUUGGCAUCGUUAUUGUGACAAUGAGAAAUGUGAGACAGGGUAAUCCUACAGGACAAAUCCCUGUGUCCAUAAAGCUGUUGCCACAAAAGAAAUCUGGCAGCAUCUCUUCUGUCCCUCCUAAGUAUAUUUCUGGAUCUGGUUUAUGGUAAUUUUAAUGAAUUAUAAUUAACAAGCCAAAGUGUAAAUUGUUGACCAACAAA